CCCAACUCAUUGAAACAGAGAAGCCUAGUAAGAAUGGGUCUACUUGUGGUGCUGCUUUACUGUAGCCUGGUCUCCGGUGUCUUUGGAAAUGAAGUCUAUAUGCAGGGGGGGUUUCUGACUUUCACACCCAAAGGAAAUAAUCUAGAUGGCACAAUCAGGGUGGACUUCCAUUCCAAAGAGUCAUAUGUCUACACUGGAUCAUGCUCGCCAGCGUCUUCUUGGGAAUGCCAUGAAGGAGACUGUGGUACCAUAACCACUUCUGAAUAUGGAGAAACUGAUCCCGAACACUCUGGAGGCAACUGUGAGGUAGAGGGCUUUGUUACGAGAAACCUACCAAGUGAUAAACCUUUCGACUUGCUAGAGCAAGGUUGUUGUGUGGCCAACGGUCAAUUUGGUGUUAGUUGGUGGAAAAUGAAAGCUCAUAUCGAUCUGGGAAGAAGAUCAGAUACUGGACACCCCAACAGAUCCCCUAUAACGACAAUGCCACCACAAAUCUUGGUCCCCCAGAACUGUCCUACAACUUACAAUUUAUUGGCACAUGACCCUGAUGGUGAUAAUGUAAGAUGUCGAUAUGGAAUUAAAAAAAAUUCAGAGUGUUACAACUGCAAAACAGUUCCCGACUUUACCCUAGAUGAGAAUGCCUGCUAUUUAUCAUUUUCUGGCUCCUCAUCAUCUGGACCAUAUGUGUUUGAACUUGUACUGGAAGAUUUUCCAAGGCAAAAUACAACAUUAAAAUAUCAUGAUGGGACAUCAACCGUCAAAUACCCACUGUCCCAAGAUGCAUCAGAUCCAUUGAGCAAAAUACCCCUUCAAUUUCUAGUUAUAGUUGAUGGGGCAGCGCCAUCCUGUGUUUUGGGGGAAUACAUACCAAAGUAUAUAACUCCAACUGUUAGCAAUGGUGUCUUCAUAAAGGCAGCACUUGGUAAAGAAUUUUCGUUUCCUGUCUCCGCAGUCUCGACACAAUCAGUGAUAAAUGACAUCAGGAUUAGGGGCCCCAUAAACAUAACAAAAACAUUUGCGUACGAUGCUGUCGCUGCAGUUGGCAAGGCACUGGUUAAGUGGACUCCGACUGCAAAAGAUGUAGGAGAUUACAUUCCCAUAUGCUUUAUUGCACAAACUACAACCGGGUAUCAGUCUGAACUGAGAUGCAUAACAGUAAUCGUUGAAGAAAGCCAAAGUGGUUUUCAAGAAUAAAACAACCACACAGCAUAUGGAUGGGGUUUCCUAUUUCAAUGACCUGUUUUGUCCCAGUAGCUGUUAUUGUUAUGUGUAGUGUUAAUUCUUUUUAAUGUUAUGUAUUCCCAAAGUUAACAAUGUUACCCACAUGUUACAUAAUUAAAUAUAUGUGUCUUUUUGUUUUACAGUGUAUUUUUUUAUUUAAAAAUAUUCAAUUUGUUUAAAUAUUGAACAUAUUUUACCAGCAGUGAAAUAAAUAUUCUAGAGGAAAAAAAAUAUUUUAUUGCACGUAUUUAUUUGUAAUACACGCAAUAAAAUAACUUUUUCCCCCAGCAUAUUUAUUUCACUGCUCGUGCUUAUUGGGUAAAACUUACAAAAACUGCAAUAAGGCAUACAGUGUAUUAUAUGAGAUAUGUGUUGCAUAAAAGGCGCUAUAAAAAUGAUGAUUAUUAACAUUAUUGAUUAUUAUUGUAUUUAUUUGUUUUAAGUGACCACCCUUUAAAAGCAUGGAUAUUGAUGCCUGUACUAAAUCCAACCUCACCCAUGGAGGAGCAUUAUAACGAGGCACCUUUGAAGGAGGCAGAAAUACGUGAUGCUCAAGUGAUACAUAAUUUACUUGUAAUAUUGUCCAAUUAUUUUUGAUUAGCUCACCGCUACCACCUCCGCGCUGACUCUGGAGCGGCGAAGACGAGCACACGCUGUCCUCCGCAGCAUGUGCCAUCAGCCGACCGCUUUUUUUUAGUUUUUCUAGAAAGCUAGCAUGAAAUACGUACACCUGCACAUCAUAGAUCUUUUCAUAAAGAGGGGAAUAUUUAUAUUUCGUUUUUUUUAUAGAAUGGAACAAAAUAAAAAUAAAAAACACCUACAAUAUGUAGGAUACACUUUUCUGAAAAAAAUCUGUGAAAUGUCCAUUUAAAUCUGUACAAUGUUACAUAAUAUAAUACAGAUUUGCAUAUGGUACAACUCUAGAAAGUCUACAAUUACCAUAACUAAAAGAGCAUAUCUUGUCAGAUAAUUUCCUCCUUAAUGCAUUAUUCACCUCACUUCAAAACAGUGUUUUUGAUAUAAUGAAUAAAAAAUAAUAACAACCAUUUUUACAACAGAUAUAUGUGUCUCACAUCAAUUAAAAAAAUUGUGUGUUGAGGAUACUAAACGUUCCUUAUUUCAUUAAAAUAGUCAUGAGUUAAGGAUGAUUUCAUUUACUCAUGCGUUAAAGCUUUGCAAAUGGCUUAGGGCUGUCAAGGACAAAACUACAUUGCAAUACUUCACAAUAUCAGGGUUCUUAUGCAACAGUUUCCUUCCAGUAUGUCGUUAGACUUGUUUGUUCUGUAAAUCUUUGUUAAGCCUCAGGGCCAUAUUUUCAAAACGUUUCCUGCACCCUUUAAUUUACUCAUAUUUUUUUAAAGGAGAAAAGGGAAUGCUAGGUUUACAAAAUGAGAAACAAAACACCUCCAGCGUGCUUAAGAGAACUUAGGUUAUAUUACUUAGUUGUUUGGUUCUAGUUUUGCAAAAUUGACAAACGUGGUGUAAUUAAAGACUGGAGUAUAGGGGGACUGGAUUUACAAACGUAGGGCAGCAGUGUGGAGUAGUGGUUAGGGCUCUGGACUCUUGACCGGAGGGUUGUGGGUUUAAUCCCAGGUAGAGGACACUGCUGCUGUACCCUUGAGCAAGGUACUUUACCUAGAUUGCUCCAGUAAAAACCCAAUGAUGUCUUGUAACAAUUGUAAGUCGCCCUGGAUAAGGGUGUCUGCUAAGAAAUAAAUAAUAAUAAUAAUAAUAAUAAUAAUAAUAAUAAUAAUAAUAAUAAUAAUAAUAAUAAUAAAUGGAAGUACACUGAAUGACACAGAAGGAUGUUAAAGGACAAAUAUUAAACGUGAAGGAGAUUUUUUUUUUAAUUUGAAGAACAGGGUUUUCUCAUUAGGAAGUUACAAAGGACUGGGUUUGAUGUCCUUUGAGAUUUUUCUAUGCUAUUUUAAAGGACUUUCUUUAUGUUGCAUUAAACAUCUGAAAGCAACCAACCCUUUCUUAAAUGUAAUAUUGGGCCAGGUGUAUCAAGGUGUGUGGCAGAAUGAGGGUACUGGCCUGUGUAUAUGUGUGUUUUGUAGUGGUGGUGGGUAAUUAAAGGGUUAAUUCACUAGCACUUUAAAAACAUGUGAGAAUGUGGUGGAGGGUUUAAUUGAUUAAGUGGAUGUAAAUUGCUGCACUGGUGUGUAUAUAUAAGGGAGCACUGAGAGCACAGGUUUAGUUGGUGUUAGGAUUCUGGAGUGUGUAGAUCUCUGAUCCUGUGUGUGCAAGAUCUGUUUUUGUUUAAACUGUUUAUUUUGUUUGUUUUAUUUAAUAAAUACAUGCCGGAGCGCUUUUCCCUGCA